AUGACGGAUAUGGUAGAUAACCCACUUUCGCUCAAAUACAAGGCUUCGACCGACUACGCCAAAGAUGCAGUCGACAUGAAAGUCCCAUACAUCAGCCAAGAUGCCCAGCAGAUCGCUGGCCUUCUCCGCGGCCUCGAUGACGGUGCCAAAAAGGGCAAGGGAAGGAGCGGCUUCCACGUCAAGAAGACAAAGUACGCCGUUGCCGCCUCGCCAACCAAGGCGACAGUAGACUCGUGGAGAUUUCAGGAGUGGGACUACAAGCGAAGAGAUCUCCCAACCUACGCUCGCGGCCUGUUCACCACCAAACGACAGGACGGCACCCCGGAAAUCGUCAUUCGGGGGUACGACAAGUUUUUCAACUGCGGCGAGGUACGCGAGACGGAUUGGGACAAUAUUCUGAGCAGAACCAAGGGCCCAUAUGAGCUCACGCUGAAAGAAAACGGAUGCAUCAUCUUCAUCAGCGGGCUUGAGGACGACACACUUCUUGUCUGCAGCAAACACUCGACUGGAGACCGGCAGGAUGCUGAGCACAGCCACGCCAGCGUUGGCGAGAAGCAUAUCGAGAGACAGUUGCAGCGUAUUGGAAAAACCAAGGAGGAUUUGGCCAGGGAACUGAGAAGGAGGAACGCCACUGCUGUUGCUGAGCUUUGCGAUGACAACUUUGAGGAGCAUAUUUUGGCCUACGGGCCGGACAAGGCCGGUCUUUACCUUCACGGCAUCAACCUCAACCUUCCUGAAUUCUUCACCUACCCUUCGCAGCUUGUCCAGAAGUUCGCCGAGGACUGGGGCUUCGUCAAGACGGGGCUCAUCAUGAUUGACGAUAUCAAGGAGGUCAAAGCUUUCCUUGAGGAGGUUGCGGAAACCGGAGCACAUGAUGGGCGUGACGUGGAGGGCUUUGUCAUCCGCUGCAAGAUGAGCCACGAUCCUACGAAGCAACCUUUUAUGGAUUGGUUCUUCAAGUACAAGUUCGAGGAGCCCUAUCUGAUGUACCGCCAGUGGAGAGAGUGCACCAAGUCUCUGAUCUCAGGGAAGCAGCCGAGGAUCAAGAAGCACGUCAAGAUCACUGAGGAGUAUCUUUUGUACGCCCGCAAGAGGUUGGCCGCUGAUCGAAACUUGGGCAAGCUCUACCAGCAGAACCAUGGCAUCAUCAAGCUGAGAAACGACUUCCUCGAGUUCAAGCAGAUGAAGGGGUCUGAUGCCGCCAAUUUUGAGGAAUUGCACGGCAACGGAGGGCUCACCGAGGUGACACGAGAUGUGAUUGUUGUUCCGAUUGCUACUAUUGGAUGCGGUAAGACGACUAUCGGAGUUGCUCUCACCAAGCUCUUCGGCUGGGGUCACAUCCAGAAUGACAACAUCACCGGUCCCAAGCGCCCUCCGCGUUUCACCAAGGCUCUCCUUGACGAGCUUGACGAGGCCCCUGCCGUCUUUGCCGACCGCAACAACGCCCAGAAGCACGAACGCAAGCAGUUGAUCACGGAUGUCAAGCUUCAGCACACCAAUGCCAGGCUUGUGGCUCUCCACUUUGUCCACAACGACGUCGAAAACAUCCGAAAGAUCACCCAGGACCGCGUGCUCAGCCGUGGCGACAACCACCAGACCAUCCAGGCUGCCACGGACAUGGGCAAGGUAGUCGGUAUCAUGGAGGGAUUCCUCCACCGGUUUGAGCCUUGCGAUCCAGAGAAGGAGCCAGAUGCCGGCUUCGACGCCGUGAUUGACCUCGACCCUACCGUCGGAAGCAGAGCCAACCUCGAGAUUGUCAUCAAGGAGCUUCACCGUCUCUACCCCAAGCUUGUCACUGAGGUUCCUUCUCCUGAGGCUAUGGAUGAGGCCAUCAAGGCUGCUCUGGAGGGGCAUACUCCUGAUCUGAGACACAACAUCCCCGAUCGCUCCAACAACAAGGGCAAGAAGCCUCACCAACAGAUCAACCCUGUUACUGGCAGGCAGAUCAAGAAGAAGCCUCUCGAGUACAUGUCUGUCGACGUCCAGACCAAGGACGCAAAGUUUUACAAGAUGCUUCAGGGCCAGAGGAGGAUACAGGCCAAGUUCCACGUUACGUUGAUGCACCGCGCUGGAGCCAAGGAGAAUAAAGAACUUUGGGAUCGGUAUGUGGCUGUUCAUGAGGCGGAUGGGCAAAUUCAUGACGAUGGGAGGCUGGGGGAGAUGGAGGUUCAGCUUGAGAGGGUGGUGUUUGAUGAGAGGGUUAUGGCGAUUGUGGUUAGGCUGGUGCCUGGGGAGGGGGAUCCGAAGUGGGAGUGUGUAACGAGGGUUGCGCAUAUUACUGUUGGCACGAGGAGCGAUGGGAUUAAGCCGAAGGAGUCGAAUGAUUUGUUGAAGAGGUGGUUGGAGGUGGGGAGCGGGGAGGGGACGGGGAUUGGGGAGCUGGUUUUGGAGGGGAGGCCGGGGUUGAAGGGUGUCGUGCGGGGGGUGCUUUCUAGGUAG